GAGCCUGAGCCUGAGCCUGUCAAAUUUGCUCCUUCAUGUCCUCGGCUCUUAUUACGUUUUUGUUUUUGGGAUCAUGAAGCCAAACGCACCGUUUAGCUUUUUUUCCUAAACGACACUGGACUGUUCGAAUGAAAAAUAUGCUCUUUUCAAGUUCAGUAACGGUUCGAUCUGGGGUCGCAAACUCAACUUCGAUCUACUGAAAUCAAUCUCGAUGAAAUAUAUUUAUUGAAAUCUAUUGACUUUUGAGUUUCGUCUCAUCAGAGAAUCGAUCCCAAGUGAUGACAGUUUCGUUCUCCCUGAUGCUCAGAAUCUCGGAUCUUUCGACUUCUUCUCGAUACGUGCCAGUGACAAGAUUAUGGCUUCAGCUGCGGUGUUUCUGUUCAUCUUCUCCGUCAUCAUCAUCACCAUCACCAUCGUCUUCUUCUUCGCUUUCUGUGCCUAGCGAUGAUCAUAUCGUCCGUCUAAUUCUAGACCAGAGAUCAGCUUCAGGAGCUCUUGAAACGUUUCAAUGGGCGUCGAAUUUCCCUGGGUUUAUCCAUUCUCGUUCCACUUACCGUGCUCUGUUUCACAAGCUCUGCGCUUUCCGCCGUUUCGAAACUGUAUACCAACUGCUCGAUGAAAUGCCUGAAUCGAUUGGUUUGCCUCCGGAUGAUGCUAUCUUCGUAACCAUCGUACGAGGACUCGGGCGCGCUAAAUCGACCAAACGCGUGAUCAGUGUCGUUGAUCUGGUUUCGAGAUUCGGGAUCAAACCAUCUCUGAAGGUUUUCAAUUCGAUUCUUGAUGUUCUGGUGAAGGAAGACAUUGACAUAGCCAGAGAGUUUUUCAGGAGGAAGAUGAUGGCUAGUGGGAUCCAAGGUGAUGAGUACACAUAUGGGAUUCUGAUGAAAGGUCUUUGCUUGACGAAUAGGAUCGGCGAUGGUUUCAAGCUACUUCAGUUCAUGAAGACACGUGGCGUGACUCCAAACACUGUGAUAUACAACACCUUGCUUCAUGCUCUUUGCAAGAACGAGAAAGUUGGGAGAGCAAGGAGUUUGAUGAGUGAGAUGAAGGAACCCAAUGAUGUGACUUUCAACAUCUUGAUAUCUGCUUACUGCAACGAGCAGAAGCUGGUUCAGUCGAUGGUGCUGCUUGAGAAAUGCUUCGGUUUGGGACUUGUUCCCGAUGUCGUCACGGUGACUAAGGUGAUGGAUGUGCUCUGCAACGAAGGCCGUGUAUCCGAGGCGCUCGAGGUUCUAGAGAGAGCGGAAAGCAGAGGAGGUAAAGUCGAUGUUGUGGCCUGUAACACCUUGGUGAAAGGGUAUUGUGCGCUAGGGAAAGUGAGAGUUGCGCAACGCUUCUUCAAAGAGAUGGAGAGAAAGGGACACUUGCCUAAUGUGGAAACAUACAAUUUGUUGAUCGCUGGGUUUUGUGAUGUUGGAAUGUUGGAUUCAGCUCUUGACACUCUCAACGAUAUGAAAACAGAUGCGGUUCGAUGGAACUUCGCUACAUUUAACACUUUGAUCAGAGGAUUAUCAGUAGGAGGAAGGGUUGAAGAUGGUUUAAAGAUAUUGGAACUGAUGGAGGACAGCGAGAACAUUCAUGGAGGCAGAAUCGAUCCGUACAACAGUGUUAUCUAUGGCUUUUACAAGGAAAACCGUUGGGAGGAAGCUCUGGAAUUUCUGCUAAAGAUGGAGAAACUGUUCCCAAGGGCUGUUGAGAGAAGCUUCAAGCUGAUAAAUUUAUGCGAGAAAGGCGUCGUGGAUGAUGUAAAGAUAGCGUAUGAACAAAUGGUUGAUGAAGGAGGAGUUCCUAAUGUUAUAGUGUCACAUUGCCUGAUUCAUAGAUAUUGCCAAGAAGGCUACAUGGAAGAAGCACUUGAGCUUAUAAACAACAUGGUGACCAGAGGCUGUUUGCCUCAGUCAGCAACAUUCAACGCUGUGAUUAUCGGUUUCUGUAAGCAAGAUAGAGUCAUGAGUGGCAUCAAGUUUGUGGAAGACAUGGCUGAAAGAGGCUGCGUACCUGAUGGAGAAAGCUACAAUCCGUUGCUCCAAGAAUUGUGCGUGAAAGGUGAUUUUGAGAAGGCUUGGGUGCUUUUCUCACGAAUGGUGGCGAAGAGUAUUGUCCCUGAUUCGUCUCAUUGGAGUUCACUGAUGUUUUGUCUCAGCCAGAAACCCGAGAUCCACUUGAACACCUUGUUGCAGGACAUUAUCGAAAGCUAAAGCUUUUUGGGCUCGAAGUUGGGGUGUUGAUAGUGCAUCUGCAGCAAAUACGAAGAAGGCUCUUAGCAGAAAGAUAAUUAAAAGAUGGUUCUUUUGCGUCUUUCGAAAAUCUGUUAAAAGCAAAGAGCUUUUGGAGAAAAAAGAGAUACCUAAAACAGAGCCAAAACCCAAAACAUUACAAACACCAAGAGAAAAGGGCAAAAUGGAGAAUGGGACAACGUUAAAAUGGGAAAAUGUUUGAAGCACACCCAUCAAUAAAAAAAGGACAAGAGGAGCAAAAAGUGGAGAGAGUCUUAACCACAACGCAAUCUGAGUGCCAUUCCUCUCUCUCUCUUUGUUCGAGAAAUUAAAGAAAAGGGAUCUCUUUUAUUCAAAGAUCCAACCUUUGACAAUCAAAGACCACAGAAGGAUCAAGCGUUGGAAUUCAGACAGGGAAAACGAGAUAAUGUCGUGUUCAUCCUCAUCUGGAUCAGAUGAAGAGGAUGAGGGUUUCGACGCUUACCGUAAAGGUGGAUAUCACGCCGUUAGAAUCGGCGACCAGUUUUCCGGUGGCCGUUACAUCGCUCAGAGAAAGCUUGGUUGGGGUCAAUUCUCCACCGUUUGGCUUGCCUAUGAUACUCGAACCUCUACUUAUGUUGCUUUGAAGAUUCAGAAGAGCGCCCAACAGUUUGCUCAAGCUGCACUUCACGAGAUCGAACUUCUUCAGGCUGCUGCUGAUGGAGAUCCAGCAAAUACCAAGUGUGUUGUUCGUCUUAUCGAUGAAUUCAAGCACACAGGUCCCAACGGGCAGCAUUUAUGCAUGGUGCUCGAGUUUCUUGGCGAUAGCUUGCUCCGUUUGAUCAGAUACAACCGUUACAAAGGGAUGGAGCUGAACAAAGUGCGGGAGAUAUGCAAAUGUAUACUGACCGGUCUAGAUUAUCUGCAUCGUGAACUCGGUAUGAUUCACUCCGACUUAAAGCCCGAAAACAUUCUUCUUUGCUCCAGCAUUGACCCUGCCAAGGAUCCCAUCAGAUCCAAACUAACACCGAUACUAGAAAAGCCCGAGGGAAACCAAAACGGUGCAGCAACCAUGAAUGUGAUUGAGAAGAAGUUAAAGAGGAGAGCAAGAAGAGCGGUUGCUAAAAUCUCAGGAAGAAGGGUUUCCAUAGUAGGUUUAAGUGAAACACCGACAAAGACCAAGAGGAAUUUGGAUGGGAUUGAUAUGAGAUGCAAAGUCGUAGACUUUGGGAACGCUUGUUGGUAUGAUAACAAGUUUGCAGAAGAGAUUCAAACAAGACAGUACAGAGCUCCCGAAGUAAUACUUCAGUCUGGCUACGCUUUCUCUGUCGAUAUGUGGUCUUUCGCUUGCACCGCCUUUGAGCUCGCCACAGGUGAUAUGCUCUUCGCUCCAAAAGAUGGAAAUGGUUAUGGAGAAGACGAGGACCAUCUUGCUCUUAUGAUGGAACUCUUAGGGAAAAUGCCUCGAAAGAUUGCCAUUGGAGGAGCGAGAUCAAAGGAUUACUUUGACAGACACGGCGACUUGAAGAGGAUCCGGAGAUUGAAAUAUUGGCCACUCGACCGUUUACUGACCGAUAAAUACAAGAUUCCUCAAGAAGAAGCACGAGAGUUUGCGGAUUUUCUCUGCCCGAUUCUUGAUUUUGCACCUGAGAAGCGACCUACUGCUCAACAGUGCCUUCAACAUCCAUGGCUGAAUCUCAGGACACAGGACAAUGAAGAUCAUAUAGAAGGUCAGAUGAGUAAGUUGCAGAUUAAAAAUUGAAGAAUUGGAGUUUUGUUUUUUCGGCUUACAAGUGAUAUAGAACUUGUCUUUUUUUUUUCUCUCACAUUCUUUGGUUCGUUUCAAUUUGAAUAAUUUUGAUUGACUUUAUUUGUUUGUUCAUCUAUUCUUUUUUACCAAAUAUUGGGGCGAUAUGAUCAAUGUGACCAACCAUUGAUUUCAUGAGUAUAAUAUAAUAUAUUGCGAUUUAAUGAGUGAAUUGUGUUCAGUUGAG